CAAUGUUUGCAUUUUAUGUCAUUUAUGGAUACAUGUUUCAUCUAGCGUAUUAUGAAAAUGACUUGGAUUAACGUAUUUGUAUUUCUAUCAGCCAUCGUGCUUGUUUUAUUGAAUACUGUAACGAAAGGACAAUUACCAAAGGAUGAAGAGUGUGCAGAUAUACCGGCUGUAGAAAAGUUUGACUGGCACAAGAUUGCUGGUAAAUGGUUUAUUCAAGAAAGAUUUGGUGAUGCAUCUCAUAUAUCAUGUCCCGAACUGCAGAUAGACCCAGUAAAAGAGGAAGAUGGAACACUAGAUGUAUACAUUGGAUAUCUUAACAAAACGUCCAUAGAGUUUAAUAAUCAUUUUUAUGGAGUAUAUUCACCCAUUUCAACUGAUUUAGGAAGAGGAGUUUUUGAAGCAGUAAGUGGACCUACCAAAGGUCUAUACCUUCCAUACACAGUUGUGGAUAUUGACUACCAAGAAUAUAUGCUUGUGUAUACUUGUAUUCCUCAUCAGAAGAGAACAGGAACAAAUUUGGAGUUUGUUAUCAUUUAUUCACGAAAACGAGAGAAACUAACAACCGAAAUCAGGAAUCGCCUGUCAAGACUACUUGACCAGUAUGGUGUGAAGGCAAAUAACUUCAGUUCUUUUGAUCAAAGUAAAGAAACAUGUGAAACAAAGACAGAAAAAGGAGAAUUGUAAUAGUUUAACGAAGUGAAUAGAUUAUGACCAAAUAUGAGAUUGAAAACUUGUAGUGUAAUUAUCUUCAUCUUUAUUCUUUUUCUGAAACAAAUGAAUUGUAACGAUACUCAAUUCAGGGACGACAUUAUAUAUUCAAUGGUUAAAAUGAAAGUUGAAGGCAGAACUGUAAAAUUAUAAAGUUAAACAAAACUUAUCUUUUAUCUUCUCUUAUCCUAUUUAUGUAGAUUGUAGUCCAUAAUUUUUAUUGAUAAUGAAGUUUCUGUCAGAUAAUAAAAUUUCUGCAGUUAA